GGGUUCUCGCAGGCAAAACGGGUGCGAGUGGCGGCGAUGGACGACGAGGAGGAGACGUACCGGCUCUGGAAAAUCCGCAAGACCAUCAUGCAGCAGCCGCAGGUCUGACUUCUGGGUCACGAGCUCUGGCCGCCUUCCUGUCUCUGCCCUGGGGUCAGCUGGUUCUUUCUCUCUGCAGCUGUGCCACGACCGUGGCUACCUAGUGACCCAGGACGAGCUUGACCAGACACUGGAGGAGUUCAAAGCCCAAUUUGGAGACAAGCCGAGUGAGGGGCGGCCGCGGCGCACUGACCUCACGGUGCUGGUGGCCCACAACGAUGACCCCACCGACCAGAUGUUUGUGUUCUUUCCAGAGGAGCCCAAGGUGGGCAUCAAGACCAUCAAGGUGUACUGCCAGCGCAUGCAGGAGGAGAACAUCACGCGUGCCCUCAUCGUGGUGCAGCAGGGCAUGACGCCCUCCGCCAAGCAGUCCCUGGUCGACAUGGCCCCCAAGUACAUCCUGGAGCAGUUUCUGCAGCAGGAGCUGCUCAUCAACAUCACGGAGCACGAGCUGGUCCCUGAGCACGUCGUCAUGACCAAGGAGGAGGUGACAGAGCUGCUGGCCCGAUAUAAGCUCCGAGAGAACCAGCUGCCCAGGAUCCAGGCGGGGGACCCUGUGGCGCGCUACUUUGGGAUAAAGCGUGGGCAGGUGGUGAAGAUCAUCCGGCCCAGCGAGACGGCGGGCAGGUACAUCACCUACCGGCUGGUGCAGUAGCCACCGCCUGACAGGUGAGACGGCCAGAGGGACAGGCACUGAGGCGGGGGUGUCGUCCCCUCCAAGCUGUUCUCGCUUCGUCCAGCAGCAAACCCGUCCUAGCACCAGCCCAGCUGGGCCACCAGGCGCUCCCAGGACAUCUCCAGCCCCCACCUGACUACGCGGGGCAUGCAUGUCCCCCGCCACUGACCCACCUUAGAAGCGAGACACGGGUGGGUAUGCGGCGGGCCUUUCCAGAAGAGGGUUUAGAAACCUGCCUGGAGAGCCCAGCGCUCGGAGAGGGGGUGCGGUUUCAGGCUACCCCUUCCCGGCGUGGGCACCUGGGGAGGGACUGGCCUGAGUCAGGAGCGGGACAGCCUUUGCUCAUGUGAGAACCUCGCAGCUCCCCUGGACUCUGGUCCUGGCGAGGUGCUUUCCUGGCAGGCAGCCCCACUUCACACUCAGCCCAGGGGUGGGGCUUGGCCUGGUCUGAUGCUGGCACAGUUCCUUUGAGGUCAGAGCCACUGCCCACAUCUGUGUGACCGCUGGGCACAAGUGAGCCGCCCAGCCUCUGCACUGUGGCCUGGGCCUCCUCCCGCCGGGCCUCCUGCACCUCCUUAUCGCUCAGUAGUGGAUGUUGGGUUGUCCUGGGCCGACUAGAUCUGCCCCACUCGUGUGACCACCCUCCACUUCUUUCCCAGCCCCUAGAGGCAGACACACAGACAGUGACCCCCAUCCCUGCAGGACGGACGCCCCUGCCCUGCCAGAGUCCAGCCCCCCAGCUCUCACGGCUGCUGCUUCUCUGGACUCCCCAAGGCAGGUGGCCUUCACCCAAGUUCUCCCGUCCUGGGGUGAGGCCCAGCCCGGCCCAUUCACCUGUGGAUUUGUGCAAGAUGCAGCCUCAGAAGAGACAAAGCCCCUGAGGGAGGUCACCUGGGGGCAGUUGGUGCUGGGCCCCCUCUGUUGGGGGUUUGGGGUCCCGGUCUCCCACCAGCCACUGCUUCCUCCCGGGCUCUCAGCCUUCUACCCCUUGUCUUCCUUUCCUCGGGGGCCCUGAAGCGUGGUGGCCCCCGCCCAGCCUCGGCUCCUUACUCCAUUCACGGCUGUGCACACUCUCGAGCCACCAGGGUGUGAGAUUCCAGCUCUGGAGUUUUUGGUUGUUGGAGGUGGUUGGGUGUUUUCAAACGUUAAAGAUGUUUUGAGCAAAUAAAUUUACUUGAUAUGAAAA